AUGGAAACUAUACCAGAUUGUGCUGAAAUACAGAAAGUCAUGUUUAGACUUAACCCAAAUAAGGCUCCGGGGCCUGACCGUUUAACAUCUGGAUUCUAUAAAGCCGCUUGGGGAACUGUUGGAUCAGAGGUUUCUACUUCCAUCCAACAGUUUUUUACUUCAACGUUUCUCCCAUCAACUGCCAAUGCGACUAUCCUGACCCUAGUGCCUAAGUUCCCGGGGGCGUCCUUGAUAACUGAAUUUCGGUCAAUCACGUGCCUCAACACAGUCUACAAAGUAAUCUCAACGAUCUUGGUCUCCAGGUUGAAGCCGCUACUUCCUACUCUUAUCCUCCCUAUGCAGACUGCUUUUGUUACAGAUCGGCUUUUGGUAGAAAAUACUAUUUUGGCAGGAAAACUGAUAAAUGGCUAUCACCGGUCUCGUGGACCUAAGAGAGUUGCUAUUAAAGUAGAUAUUGCAAAGACAUUUGACACAAUCUCAUGGGAUUUCCUGUUCAAUUGUCUGGCAAGUCUCUCUCUCCCUCCUCUUUACUUAGACUGGCUGCGGGCAUGUAUUUCUACUCCUCACUACACCAUCGGAUAUAAUGGAAAGAUAAGAGAUGAGGUCGGGGCUAGCAGUGAGCAGACAAAAGUCGAGUUCAGCUCUGGUCUUACUCAGUCUGAGAAAGACACUAUUAUGGUCUCUACUGGAAUGCCGUGUGGGAAUCUCCAUGUCCGGUACUUAGGAGUCCCUCUCAACUAUUCCAAGUUGUCAAUGGCUAACUGUGCUCCUCUGCUGGAUAAAGUGAAGAGCCGUAUCUCUUCUUGGAGUGUAAAAUCUCUGUCUUUUGCGGGAAGAUUGCAGUUGCUAAACACUGUCAUUGCUAGAAUAACAAAUUUCUGGUGUUCCUCAUUUAUACUACCAAAAGAGUGUAUCAAGCGAAUAAACUCCAUGUGUUUUGUUUUCCUCUGGACCGGCUCUGCUGAAGGUCAUAACUCUGCUAGAGUGAAGCUGCGAAGUGAAGGUGGUUUAGGCAUAAGAAACCUUUUACUGUGGAAUAAGGCAUGUAUCUUAAAACUUGUGUGGAUGCUUUUCUUUCGUGCUGGAUCAAUUUGGGUAGCGUGGUUCAAAGAGGGGGUUCUGAAAGGAGAUAUAUCAAACUACUGGUCUCGAAAAACAAGUCAUAAGCUGUCAUGGCUUGCAAAUAAACUUAUUAAGCUUCGUGACUUGGUGUUUCCAUGGAUAAAAAUUUCAAUGGGCAAUGGUCAGACUUGUCGUUUUUGGUAUGAUAAUUGGACACCUUUUGGUAGUCUCUUAACUUAUCUCGGUUCUUCUUCUAUAUCCAGACUCGGCAUCCCGCUUCAUGCUACAGUAUCAUCUCUGUAUACUGAUGGUAACUGGAACAUUCCACCUGCCAGAACCGAAGCUCAGUCUCAAUCUUACUCGACAAAACAGGUCUACAAUGCCAUAUGUGAUCAGGGUGUGAAAGUCCCAUGGGAACAAAUGGUCUGGUGUAAAGGUGGUGUCCUACAAAGGACAGGAUUCUUAGUUGGGGUCUCUCUACUAACCCAACUUGCCUCUUCUGUCAAAUGGCUAUUGAGUCAAGAGACCACUUGUUUUUCCAAUGCCCUUUUACAUGGCGAUUGUGGUGUAAAGCAGCUUGACGUUCGGACUUACCCCCAUCUCAAUCUUGGGAUGCUACUAUGCUUCAACUACAAGCUCUUUCAGGGAACAAGUUCAGAAAGCGCUUGA